AUGGCACCCCGUAUCGUGGAGCACCCCACGGAUCUCCUGGUCUCCAAGGGGGAACCGGCCACCUUGAGCUGCAAAGCCGAAGGGCGCCCAUCCCCGGCGGUGGAGUGGUACAAAGAUGGGGAGCGGGUGGAGACGGACCGGGAGGACCCCCGCUCCCACCGCACCCUCCUGCCGGGGGGGUCCCUCUUCUUCCUCCGCAUCCUCCAUGGCCGGCGGGGGAAGCCCGACGAGGGGGUCUAUGUCUGCGUGGCCAGAAAUUACCUGGGGGAGGCCACCAGCAGGAAUGCAUCCUUGGAGGUGGCUGUGCUGCGGGAUGAUUUCCGGCAGCCCCCCGGGGACGUGGUGGUGGCGGCGGGCGAACCGGCCGUCCUGGAGUGUGUCCCCCCCCGCGGCCACCCCGAACCCAGCGUCUCCUGGAAGAAGAACGGCGUUCGCCUCAGCGACGAGGACGAGCGCUUGACGAUCCGCGGUGGGAAGCUGAUGCUGGCCAGCACCCGUAAGAGCGAUGCCGGCGUCUACGUCUGCGUGGCCGCCAACGUGGUGGGGGAGAGGGACAGCGAGCCGGCCGAGCUAGUGGUCUUCGAGCGCCCAGCGUUCGGCAAGAGGCCCCUCAACAAAGCGGUGCUGGUGGAGGGGACGGUGGAGUUUCCCUGCGAGGUGGUGGGGGACCCCCAGCCCGCGGCUCGCUGGCGCAAGGAGGAGGGCAAGAUGCCUCCGGGAAGGUGGGAGGUGUUGCCCGACAACACCCUGCGGAUCAGCCGGCUGCGGGCGGAGGACGAGGGCACCUACACCUGCGUGGCCGACAACAGUGUGGGCAGGUCGGAGGCGUCGGGCACCCUCACCGUGCACGUGCCCCCCCAGCUCGUCACUGGCCCCCGCGACCAGACUGUCACCCCCGGCCAGAGCGUGACCUUCCAGUGCCAGAGCAAGGGCAACCCGCCGCCCGCCGUGUUUUGGCAGAAGGAGGGUAGCCAGACCCUGCUGUUCCCCGGCCAGCCCCUGCAGCCCACCAGCCGCUUUUCGGUGAGCCCCAGCGGCGCCAUCACCAUCGCCAACGUGCAGCCCACCGACGCCGGUUAUUACCUGUGCCAGGCCAUCAGCGUGGCCGGCAGCGUGCUGGCCAAGGCGCGGUUGGAGGUGGAAGAGGCGCUGGCUGAGCAGCGACCGCCGGUGAUCCGCCGGGGUCCCGCCAACCGGACGGUGCUGCCGGUGGGGGCCACGGCGCGGUUGCCUUGCUGGGUGGGGGGCAGUGACCCCCCGGCCAGCGUGGGGUGGCUGAAGGAUGGGAGCACCCUGGUAGGUGCCCAGCCCCGCGCCAGCCUGCUGGAGAACGGCACCCUGCAGAUCACCAGCCUCCGGGUGACGGACUCCGGGCACUACGAGUGCGUGGCCACCAGCCCGGCGGGCGAGACCCGCUGGGGCGGCUCCCUGGAGGUGCGAGGUGACGAAUCCGACCUCUCCCUGCCUUCCCCCGAGCCCGGUGUCCUCCCUGGGCCACCCUCCACCCCUGUGGUCACCAACAUCACCAAAAGCAGCGUCACCCUGAGCUGGAAAGGGAAUGAGGACAGCGGUGCUGCCGGCAUCACCUCCUACAUAGUGGAGGCUUUCAGCCAGGCGGCGGGUGGCCCAUGGCAGACGGUGGCAGCCGACGUGGAGAGUGAGACCCACACGGUGAGCGGCCUCGUCCCCGACACCGUCUACCUCUUCUUGGUGCGGGCGGUCAACGCCUACGGGCUCAGUGACCCCAGCGGCAUCUCGGAGCCUGUGCGCACCCAAGACACCAGCCCCACGCAGCAAGGGCUGGACCCCCAGCAGGUGCAGCGGGAGCUGGCACAAGUGGCCGUGCACCUACAGGAACCCGUGGUGCUGCCACCGGGUGCUGUCCGCCUCUCCUGGACCGUGGAGCACCAAACACCGUUCGUUCAGGGCUACCGGGUGCUGUACCGGCAGCACGGUGGGCGCUGGGAGGAGGCGCAGGUGGUGCGGGCACCGGGGGAACGGGGGGCCUUGCUCACUGAGCUGCGCCGAGGCCAGGACUACGAGGUCAAGGUCCAACCCUACUUCCAUCAUCUCCACGGCCCCGACAGCGCUGUGCGCGCCCUGCGCACCCCUGAGGCGGCCCCCAGUGCCCCUCCACGAGCUGUCAGCGUGGCUGGUAAUGGCACCAGUGUCCGCAUCUCGUGGCAGCCGCCGCCGGCGGCUGAGCAGAACGGCGUCAUCCGUGAUUACCGGAUUUGGUGCUUGGGCAACGAGAGCCGCUUCCACAUCAACCAGAGCGUGGAGGGGACAGUGCUGGCGACGGUGCUGCGGGGGCUGGUCCCCGGCGUCCCUUACCGUGCUGAAGUCGCUGCCGCCACCGGCGCUGGCGUGGGCGCCCGCAGCGCCCCUGUCCCCAUCCGCAUCGCCCCCCCGGCGGAGCGGGAUGUGGGGCCAGUGGGCAGGAGCAGCGUGGCCGAGCGUUUGGCUGAGGUGGCCAGGCAGCCGGCCUUCAUCGCUGGCGUUGGCGGCGCUUGCUGGGUCAUCCUCGCUGCCUUCGCCGCUUGGCUCUAUGGCCGCCGCCGGAGGAAGAAGGAGCUCAGCCACUUCACUGCAUCCUUCGCCUAUACGCCCACCGUCGCCUUCCCAGCUCCGGCACGCAGCAGCCCCAGGGCAGCCGUUGGUGGUGGUUACCCGUGGCUGGCAGACGCAUGGCGCGGUGGUGGUGCAGCCGGUGCCGCCGGCUGCUUGGGGACCACCACCGAGAGAUACUACAAUGAUGCCGGCAUCACCCGUUACAUUGCCCAGACGGAGCAAUUUGGAGCGGGGUCUGGAGAGGGGCCAGUUUACAGCACCAUCGAGGCGGGCGGCGAGGAGCUCUGCACCUUCCCCCGUCCAUUCUCACAGCACGGGACCCCCUACACCGGGGGGGGUCCCCAGCUGAUGGAUGCCCCCCAGGCAUCCCGUGGCCGAGACGAGCAUGGGACGAAAGGGAAGAAGUUGGGGCAAGCGGUAAAACCGCCGGCGGUGAGCUGGACGGAGCUGCUGCCCCCACCACCCUCGGCCAGCGAGCUCAGCCAGUGUGCCCAGGAGGAGGAGGAGGAGGAAGAGGAGGAUGAAGAGGAAGAGGCGGCCAGAGGGUUGGGGAGGGAGGAGUGGUAUCCCGGUGAGGAUGUCCCCUGUGCCACCGGUGCAUCCUCGCCUGCUGCCUCCUCUGGCUGCCGGUCCACCGCCACACUGACACCAUCGCCCCAUGCCACUGAGGACAUCCCCCGGCUCCGUGACUUUGAUAGCCCCCGCCUGCCCCGGAGACCCCCCCACGGCGCCAGCACCCCCCCGCGGGCACCCAGUCCCCCACCGAGUCCAGAUGCCAGCAAGGCCCACCUGCCCCGAGCCCGCCGCCCCCGUGGCACAGGGAAAACCUGCAGGGAGACCCCGAAAAGUCGCCUGAAGCCCAAAUGCAGCCGCUACCACCGGGAAAAGCAGCAGGGAGACCUGCCACCGCCACCGCUGCCACCACCGGGCGAGACCCCCGUCCCCUUGCCGGAGCGGGAGCCAAGUGGGGCCGAGCGCAAGGUCACCCAUCGCCCAGCCCGCAGCGAUGAGGUCGUCCCCUACGGCAAACCCUCCUGCCUGCCCCGAGGGCAGGUGUCCGGCAGCUGCUCCACAACGGGCAGCAUCUCAUCCCGCGGCUCCACCAGCUCCCGCGGCCAUGGCUCGGGACGCAGCCAGACCCCGGGGGACCGUGGUGAAGGGACAGGCCAUCGUUGCCGCCCGGGUCCCCCAUUUCCCUGCCCAUCGCAGGAGAAGCGAUGA